ACUAUGCUUGUUGUUGCACUUCAAGUCCGUCAUCUUGAAAUAGUAGCGCCACUUUAUUACCUUAUCGAAAAUUACUAAAUAAUUGAGUAAAUAAAGUAAUUACAGUGUAGUAAAAUAGUAUUAGUGAAUUGGAAACAUGGAUCGCACAACAAUUGCGCCUUGGAAGGCCGAAGAAAAGGAACAAAGUGAAAAGCUACACAAAAAGCUUCAAGGCUUGUCUUUGUUGUGUCCCAUGACGGACGAAAUGAUCAAGUUGCUAUCUUGGGAUAUGUUUCUGAAGUCGAAUCAACCUGCCUUCUUUCAAGUGAUGCACUAUCUGUUUCGCAUCAUCGAUGCCGUUGAGUUUAAACGCCGUUUCUAUUGGCCCAUCACGGACAAGAAGUCCGAAGCUAAUUUUCGAGCCAGUACUGUGGAUUAUCUCAAGCAUUUGAAUGAGAAGCAUCAGCUCAAUUGGUCCAAUAUCAAAUCGUAUCUGGUUGUUAUGCCUGGCGGCAUGAAGUUCAUCAAUUUCCUCUUAGAUCUGGUAGGCUUUGUUGUCCAAGAACUAAUUAAGCAACGGGAAAAAGCCUUGUCAUUGGACAGCGACAUGGCAAAUUUGCGGGAUUUGAGUGUGCAAAGCAUGUCCAGGCAAAAUGUCUUCAUGAAAGAGUAUAUCUCGGCAUAUAUAGAUGAAACAAAGCAGUUAACAGUUCGAUUACGCCAAAACACUCAACAGAUCAGAAACAUAUUCACUGAGAUUGCCAACAAAACUGGAGUCGACGAAACGCUGUUGUUGCAUGAUAAGUUUUUGGAGGAUUUCGAAACAUACAAUCGUCUUAAAUGCAAGCGAAAGAUAGGCAUGCCCCUGGAAAGAAUCUCAAUGCUGGAGGCACCACAAUGUCAGCUCAAAGAGGACAUGGAACAGUUCUUGGCCAGACUGACGGAACAAAAACUCCACAAAGAAGCUGCCGACAGUACGCUGCGCAACAUUCAAAAGUUCUUUGGUGCUGCACCAGACGCUGGCAGCGCAUUAGGUAAUGGCAUGCGACUUGGCACCAUGUUGUCCGCUUUAAAUGAUAUCAGUGAAACAAUUGCGGAGCAGUUGGAUGCCAAUAAUCAUUAUGAUCACGAAUCCAAUGAGUUUCGCACUACAGAAUUACAAGAAUUGCGCGAUAAGCUGCAACAGAUCGAACAACAAGUAAACGAAGUAAACAAGAACUUGAACUUGCGUUUUAAAGAGCAGACCGGCAAUGUUAGCGGCAAUGCAUCACAAAUGCAGCACACGAUGCAGAACUUUCCCAAUACCCCAUUGCGUUCACUAAAGCCUCCAACUAACAUCGAUAGUCAUACGCUGCUGAUGAAAUUCGUAUCCACACCACCCAUCAAACUGGAUGCAGCGAGUGGAGUGCGCAGCCUUCAGGUGCGGUUGCCUUUGCAGGACGACUUCAAUGUCAAACAGUUCGAUACCACAUGCAACAGUUUGUUGGUGCCAGUGCCGCCACGUUCAGCUCGCAAGAUAAAGCAACAAAAUGAAGAGGACAUGAACAACACGGACAUGAACAACACAAUAAAUCGCUCCAAGAUACUCGAUCCCAUGCGACUGUUACGCACCAUCAACAAGAAGUCCGCGCAACCCAAAACAAUUGCGCAACCCAAUCUCUCAAGCUUGGGUAGCAAAUGGAAACAGAUGCAAGCGUCGUUUGGUUUUGAAGAUGUCAAUGUCACAGCUGUUCCAACCUCGCCAAAGGCCAAUAACUGCAUGCCACAAUCACCGUUCACACCGUUGAAUAUCAACGAUAAUACACGCAUUGAAAGACUGCCUGAUACAAGCAGCAACAACUCGUUGUAUUCCAAGAAAAGCGCUGCCGUAAUGAAAGUACUGGAUGCAUCGCUCAAUGUGCAGAAUCUCAGCACUUCGCCGUCGGGACGAUUGGAGGCACUGGUGCCUAUGAUAGAGCCGAAGGCAGCUACACCGAUUAUACUGCUCAACGAUUUAGAUUCGGAACCAGCGCAGUGCAUCAGCAACGAAAACGAUGGCAAUCAGCUCAAUCAGUUGAACUGUUCCAAAUUUGGCGAUGACUUCGAUGCGUUUGGCGAUAACGACGACUUGCAGAACAUUAGCGAUAGCGUGCUCAACGAUAUAUUAAUAUAAUUGUCCGCAACACACAGUUUUCCAUUCAUGUUUAUUAUUAUAUCAGAUUGAAAAUUGUAAAACUUAUUGUUCUAAUUAGUAGUAAGUAGUAUGUAUUCAUAUAAUUUGUGUAUGAAUAUAUGUGUUUUACUUUGCGCUGUUUACUGCCAUUGUGUUAAUGUUUAAAUCAAUUUUUCAACCAGUUUAUAUAAUUAGAACAUUUGCUUAGCAAAAUGAUAAAAUAUAGUACUAUGUUUAUGAAUGUGAUUCAAGUUUGAAUUCAAUUUUAUUAAAUUCAAGUAUGUAUUAUGCUCACAAAAAAUAAGAGAAACUCAAAAAUAAAUUUAAAAUGUGCAUAAAUAGUUGUAAAAGUUAAACAAAAAUAAAUACCUUAUGGUAUGUUCUCUUUUUCAAUCUUCAAGUUUAUCUCGCUAACAAUUUGUCACUGCUUAGCCUUAUAAUUCAUUUCAUUUCAAGUCGUUUCAUUAUUGAUAUCUCUGAGAUUUAAGUUAAGUUCUUCGCAACGAAUUGCACAAUAUUGCUUUAGUUGUCUUUAGAAUUUGUAUAUAUAUAUAUAGUAUGUUGUAUAUAUUUAGAUUUAUGCCUCUUCUGCGCCUAUCACAUCAUUUUUUCAUUUGUUGAGCACCCAAUUUCAAUGAUCGCGCUGAGCCAUAAACAUUUGUAUAUGAGUUAAUCUACUAUGUAUAUGCGCAUGAAUUACUAAUUUCUCGUUAUUCUAUUUACACUUUACGAGAUGAUGCAAAUGAUAUUGUUCUUUUUGAAUACAUAUUGGCAAAUGUGGAACAUAAGAUGGUUUACAUUUUGUUUACAUGUAGCAUGUAAUAUAAAAAAAUUGAAUUGCAGCUGACCCUAAUCAAAUGUUGCCA